CUUAUUUUUAACUUUUGAAGUUGGACCCAAAACAUGCAGCCUGGUGCGUCUUCUUCCAUCAUCAUCAUCAUUGUGCUCUGCUCACCCAUCAGCCAUCGAUUAGUGAGAAUACUUCACUUUCUCGACAGUCUGUUUACUUCGGUCGGAGUUAUUUGCACGCAUUUGCUUUGAACGGGAUGGACACUCAAGCAGACCCUCCUGAAACGCCAGCCAAAAGGCACAAGUGCUCAGCAUGCUAUAGGCAAUACAAGAAAAAGGAACAUCUUAUUGAGCACAUGAAGAUCUCAUACCACUCAGUCCAUCAGCCUAAAUGUGGGGUCUGUCAAAAGCACUGCAAAUCUUUUGAAUCUCUGAGGGAACACCUUACUGGUCCAUUGCCGAAAGGAAAUUGUUCCAAUUUUUUCUCUCAACAUGGUUGUCAACUUUGCUUAAAAUUAUUUGAUAGCCCCGCAGCUCUUAUCGAGCAUAAAGAAACAUGUUAUCUAUCUGCACCAACUCCUCUGGGAACAGAGGCAUUGGCCUAUAUAAGAUCCCCAAUACUUCGUCCAAAUUCUCCUCAUGAAAACCACACUGGAAGGCGCCCUGGAGCAAUUGCCAUUGAUUGUGAAAUGGUUGGUGGUGGAAGUGAUGGAUCAUUAGACCUUUGUGCUAGAGUAUGCAUGGUUGAUGAAGAUGAGAAUUUAAUUUUCCACACCUAUGUACAGCCUCAAAUCCCGGUUACUAACUAUAGAUAUGAUAUAACUGGGUUGACAGAAGAGCAUCUUAGAGAUGCCAUGCCACUUAAGGAAGUUCAAGACAAGGUAUUGCAAAUUCUGUACAAUGGAGAAUCAAUUGGCAAAGUUAGAUUGGAUGGAGGAAAGGCCAAGCUUCUUGUGGGGCAUGACCUAGAACAUGAUUUGGACUGCCUAAAAUUGAAUUAUCCUGAUCAUAUGUUGAGGGACACUGCAAAGUAUCGUCCGUUGAUGAAAACAAACUUGGUCAGCCAUUCGCUCAAGUACCUUACUCGAACGUAUUUAGGUUAUGACAUCCAGACAGGCACACAUGACCCCUAUGAAGACUGUGUUUCCGUGAUGAGGCUGUACAAGAGAAUCCGAAGCCAAGUUCAUACCGAGGAAAACCUCGGAACAUUUACUUCAAGUAACGUCACUGGCAAUUCUGAUUAUUGGAAAUCCAAGGAACUUGAGAACUCUACAGCAGAUGAGCUCUUUGCCAUGUCCAAAUCAGACUAUAGGUGUUGGUGCUUGGAUUCGAUGUAGAAAGAAAUGAGAGCCUGAGCACAUGAGCUGUUGUUGUCCAGGAGAUCAUUUCGGUGUGCUGAGUAAUCGUAGAGAAAGGAAAAGGGAAUUUUGUGAUGGAAAAGUUUAUAUGUGAAAGGACCUGCUUACUGCUAAUACAGGAUGGAGUUCCUAGAUUCCUGAUCUGAACUGUAAUUAUAGAAUCAGUUAUACGUGCUCUCUUUCCUUCGAGCAAUCCCUUUCAAGAGAGGCAUACAAUUAGCCCGACAACUAGUCUGUUGACGAUAUAUCUCUACUGUAAAUCGAAACAACUUUCCAUAACAUAGGUAAAUUAUCAGAAUUGAAUAUUUCUUUUUUGAUUACGAGCAAGCUAGAAGUUGUCAUACUCAUCUUAUUUUUUUGUUUUGGUUUGAAACUCCAAGAUUCGUUCAGCGUGUUGCUUGCUUAUAGAAUGAUUCGUUCUUUUGACUUUUUAA